AAUUCCCAGGCCACCCUUAAGGAAUGAGGCGCCCCACGUGACCGCUGGCGGGGCGGGCGAACUCUGAGCCAUUUUGGGGACGGUGUCAGUUUCCAGUGUGUGCCUUUCGGCGUUGCAUUCUCCGCCUGCCUGCUUGCUUCUCUUCUCUCUCCCUCUCUCUCCCCGCCACUCUCUCCCUCCUCCUUCCUUUCCACAACAACUAUAAGCAGCAUAUUCGAUUUUUUUAAAAGGGGGAGGAGAGAAAGCAGAGAGGAAAGGAAAGGAAGAAAGAACUGCCUCCCUUCUUUCCUUCCGAGCGAGAAAGAGCGAGAGGAAAGGGAUCGGAGAGAGAGAGCGAGCGAGAGAGGGAGAGACAAUGGGCUGCUGCUGGUGGAGGAGGCGGAGGCGGAGAGGCAAACGCUCCGGAUUAUAGAGCCGAGUUCUGUAAGAUCCCAGCAUUGGAGAAGGAGGGGGAAACAGAGAGAAGGCGGGGGAGAAGGAAGGAGAGCCAAGGGCCGGCGGAGGGGUCAGCGGAGGAGAAGACCCCCGGCUGUUUCUGGAACUAACAUGAGCUGAGUGCAGCAGCAACAGCAGCAACAGCAAUACGCUUAUUGCAAUUGACAGCGUCUGCAGUUCAUUUCAAGAUGGCCGCUUGGCUCACAUUCAUUUUCUGCUGAACUGAACGACUUUUAACUUUCAUUGUCUUUUCUUGGCGGCUCGGAUCGUCUCCCACCAGAGCCUUCCCGCCGACCCUUCUGCACCUCCCCAGCCAAAAUGCACCGCACUACCCGCCUCAAGAUCACGGAGCUGAACCCGCACCUCAUGUGCGUGAUCUGCGGGGGGUACUUCAUCGACGCCACCACCAUCAUCGAGUGCCUGCACUCCUUCUGUAAGACAUGUAUCGUGCAUUACUUGGAGACGAGCAAGUAUUGUCCCAUUUGCGAUGUCCAAGUUCACAAAACCAGGCCGCUUUUGAACAUAAGAUCUGAUAAAACUCUCCAAGACAUUGUGUACAAGUUAGUACCCGGCCUUUUCAAAAAUGAAAUGAAAAGAAGAAGAGACUUUUAUGCUGCUCAUCCCUCUGCUGAUGCUGCCAAUGGCUCUAAUGAAGACAGGGGAGAAGUUGCAGAUGAAGACAAAAGGAUUAUAACAGACGAUGAGAUAAUAAGCUUAUCCAUUGAGUUCUUUGACCAAAAUAGACUUGAACGGAAAGGAAAUAAGGAAAAAGAGAAAUCCAAAGAGGAGGUGAAUGACAAAAGAUAUUUGCGCUGCCCAGCAGCAAUGACUGUAAUGCACUUGAGGAAAUUUCUUCGGAGUAAGAUGGAUAUACCCAAUUCUUUCCAGAUUGAUGUCAUGUAUGAAGAGGAACCUUUGAAGGACUACUACACACUCAUGGAUAUUGCCUACAUUUACACCUGGAGAAGGAACGGCCCCCUCCCGUUGAAGUACCGGGUGCGGCCUUCCUGCAAGAGGAUGAAGCUGGGCCUGAGCCCAAGCGGAGAGCUGGAGAGUGACUCUGGGAGCGAGAAGGGCGUGGGCAGCCCCGCGGAGAGCGCGCCCUCCACCUCCUCCGGCCUCCUCACGCCGCCCUCCCUUCAGUCCCCGCACCCCCAGUUCCCCCACAUCUCCAGCACCCUCAACGGCACCAGCUCCAGCCCCAGCAGCCACCACCACCACCACUUCAGCAACCGGGCCCGCAAAGCCGCCUCCCUCAACGGCUCCUCUUCGGCCACUUCGUGUGGCUGAGCGCCUCUCUUUCUCUCUCGGACUCCACAAAGCCCCGCCGUGUCUUUAGAGCUGUCUUUCCUGCCCUUCUGUCUCUCUCCACGCCGUUCAGCUUUAGAGAUGCUAAUCCCAGCCUUGAGGAAAAAAGGAGGAUUUAUACCUGACACAUAUACGCUUUGGAUUUUUGGGUAUUAAGCGGUGAAACUUCGAGGUUGGAUGUGUUUUCCCCCCAAUGGAUUGUUUCUUAAGGACUAGUAACAUGAAGCAAGCAAAACAGAGACCCAGAUGGACCUGGGAAGGGCGAAGAAGGGUGAUUUUAUAUUUGUAGGGGGUUUUUUUGUUGUUGUUGGUUUUUUGGCCUCUUUUCAUCCACAACCUACUUCCUGGUUUGGAUUUGGGAAUUGUCUGACAAUUUGUCCGGAAAUGGAUGCAGAUCAACCAUGGGAUAUAAUUUGGCUUUUUCGUGUCAGGAGCGACUUGGCUUCUGGUGUGGGAGAAGUGGAUGUCGCCCAGGGGAUGCCCGGAUGUUUUGAUGUUUUACUGUCCUUGUGGAAGGCUUCUCUCAUGUUCCUGCAUGGGGAGCUGGAGCUGACAGAGGGAACUCACCGCUCUCCCCAUGGAUUUGAACCUCUGACCUGUCCAGGCACAAAGGUUUAACGCAUUGCGCCACCGGGAACUCCGUGUAUUUACACUCCUCUUGGACGCUGUUUUGUGACGUUCUCAUAAGCAACAUGGAUUUCCCCCUGCCCCCUUCUUUCCAUUCGUCAUCAAGACCGGAUUUAAUAUGCCUAGAACGGUGCAUAUCCAUGUCACUGUGAACCGCGAUUUCUAGCUUUAUUCGCCCUUUGGAUUUGUAUGUUGCAUCCCUAUCAACUCGACUGCAGAGAAAGGAUGAGGAAAAGGGGGACAGAAGGAGGAGGAAGGGGGAUCCAUGUUCAUGUUUAUGCCUCCAGGCGGGUUUUGCCCCAAGGAAAAGAAGAAAAGAUCGGAUGGCAUUGUUUCUGCGUCUGCUCAGCGAUGCCAUGCCGGUAACUGUGACAAAACAGGAAGCAGUAUUGUAAGAUAUAUUUAUAAAUACUAUCAAGAAAGUCUCGUGUUUGGCGCCUUCGGGGGCGACAUCUCCAGGCCUGCCUUUCCCGGCUUCUGCGGGCUCCUGUUUCUGGUCUUGGCUGCAGGAGAGAGAGGGGCGCCUGGAGGCUGAGAGGCCGCAGAGCAGACUCAAGCCGCCUUUAACCCGGGCCUCGAAAGGAUUGUGCGGACUCUGCCUUGUUCCCCAGUGGCUUAUCUUUUUUGUUUGUUUGUUUUGUUACUUUUUACACAAUGUGAUUAUUUCUAAGGGCGCAGGGGAGGGAGGCUACCGGAGUAGUGAACUACAGAGUAGUGAACUACAGAGGGACGAGGAAGCGGAUUUCAAAGGUUCAUUCUGUUGUGUUGUCGAAGACUUUCAUGGCCAGAUCACUGGGUUGCCGUGAUUUUUCCGGGCUAUAUGGCCAUGUCCCAGAAGCAUUGUCUUCUGACGUUUCGCCUUUAUCUAUGGCAGGCAUCCUCAGAGAUUGUGAGAUCUGUUGGAAACUAGGCAAGUGAGGUUUAUGCAUCUGUGGAAUACUGUCCAGGGUGGGAGAAAAAAAAUAACUCUUGUCUAUUGGAAUUAAAUGCACCCAGUUUCUGAGCAGAUAUCCCUUUGGAAAUAAAUGGCAAUCAUAACCUUGUUGAAAAGGAAAAAUUAUGUCAUAUAUGUUUGGCAAAUGUGAAUCUCCAUUAACUUGUGACCACCUUUUGAAAACCAAUAGUCAAGAAAAACAUGAUCUUGUUAGAAGUCACUAACUAGGUGAUAUUCAUAAGCAUUCAUUUAAUGGCACACAGGUAACUCAGCAGUUAAACUGAAGAACCUCGUGGGACCUCAUCAAACCAGCAUGAAUCCACUUUAAAUCCAGUUUCUGCCUACUACAGAAUUCUGAGGCUUAUAGUUAAGGGAGGGGACUUUAAACUGCUCAAUAAACUACAAACUCCAGAAUUCCUCAGGAGACAGACUGGAUUUAAAGUGGAUCCAUGAAUCAAGGACAAAGACUUGUCAGUACAAAAAUACAUUUGGUUUAGCAGAGAUGGUUGUUUCUUUGAAGUUGAAAUUGCAGUUGCAGUUUGCCCAAAAGGUAUACACUCCCUUGAAACCUCUAAGCUUAAAAUAUUCAUUCAGAAAUUAAAAAACAAAGACUUCUUUGAAAAAUAACAUAUCUUGUUUACUCACAAACAUCUUGUAUUAAUUACAGGCACAUUUCUUAUUUAAGGCACAGUUAUAGAUAAGAUGUAGUUCUCUCUGUGUGUUGAGUACACAGGAUAUCAUUCUUAAUCAAUUGUCCCAUAGCCUUUAGGUACAGUUGUACUCACUGAUGUCCAUAAGUCAUACAGUACUUCUCUACUGAAGUCCAAACAGCACACACAUCUACCUCCACUGAGGUGUUAAACAGACUGACUACAAAAGGGAGCCCUGAGUCUGAACAUGCUGAGUACAAUCACAUGUCUAUAACCCCUCCCACACCAAAGAGGUACAGUCAAACUGGCAAAUCAACAUACACAUAGAAUACAGGUUAGCAAAUAUAUACUGUACAUUAACAAAUAAAUAGUGAACGUGUUGAGAAGUUGCUAUUUCCAACAUUUUUGGGGCAGGUGUGAAUAUUGCAAUUGGCCACCUUGAUUGGCAUUGAAUUGCCUCUCAGCUUCAAGGCCUGUCUGCGUACUGCCAGGGGGAAUCCUUUGUUGGGAGGUGUUAGCUGGCCCUGGUUGAUUCAUGUCUGGAAAUUCUCUGUUUUCCCAGUUCUUUAUUUACUGUGCUGAUUUUAGAGUUUUCAAGGUGGCCAAUUGCAACAUUCACACCUGCCUCAAACAGACAAGAGUUCUUUCCCCCACCCUAGACUUUCCACAGAUAUAUAAAUCCCACUUACCUGUUUUCUAACAUACCUCACAACCUCUGAGGAUGCCUGUCAUAGAUGAGGGCAGUACGCCAGGAAAGAAUGCUUCUGGAACAUGGCCAUGCAGCCCAGAAAACUCACAACCACCCAGUUCAUUCUGUUAUUUGGUUUGAUGGGUUUACUUCCCCUCUUUUUCAAAAAACAAAGCACAGAAAAAACCCACAAGAAGAAGCCAUAAUAAGUGCGGGAACCUCUUUCUUCAUUCAUUCUUAAGAAAUCAGCAAGUAGGUGGAUGAAGGCUUUUAACCUAAAUUUGUUUUUAAUAUAUAUCUAUAUAUAUAAUGUUAUGUAUAUGGUACAAUACUAACUUGUUGAAAGAUUAACAGGUACUUUUGAUAUCUUAUCAUAAGCUUCGGGGAAUCCCUUCUGCGAAAUAGGCUUCUUGAAGGCAUCCAGUAUGAAAGAGAAAUGAUAUUUUUGUUUUUUUAAAGUAAGCUUUGUGAAGAGCCCCCAAUAAGUUUUCAGUUUGUGCUUUACUUUGCUCAGACUUUGUGUGUGUGAGAGAGUGCCCGUGUAUCCUUCACUCAUCAGUCACACAUUUGUGGGGGUGUUUAUCCUAUAUGCCUAUUGUUUCAUGUUUGUAUGGAGAAAUCGUAGCUAAAUAUUUCAUGAUCUCCAGUCUCCGAAAGAAGCACAAUUCUAUUGCUUUGUCCUGCUUACAGUCAUUAAAUCAUUACUUUUGCAUAUA